CAAUUCUUCCCCCAAAAUAUUCUCUACGUAUCUUCUUCAAAUUCUCGUUUCUUAUCCCUUUUCCUAAUCCAAAUCCGCAAUCAAUUGAUCUUCUUCUUUGAUUCCUUUCCAAUCGAUCUUCUCUUCCUGCGAUUCAACAAUCCGAUAUUCGUUAUUGAUUCUGUUUUGUCUCUGUGUUUUUGUUUCUGUUUCGAUUUGAUCGUUUAAUGGUGGUGAAACUGGUCCGAUGGACGUCUUGGCAGACGUUCUCGUCGAGAAAAUACGAGGCGAUCAUCAAUCUUCGCCGAUUGGAAGGUUUGGCGAAUCUAUCGCUGAAGGAUUCGAGUGGUUUAGUGGUGGAAAUCAAGUGGAAAGGGCAGAAAAUUAUAGGUCUGAGUUCUUGGCGACGGUCUGUGAAGAGGAACUACACAGAUAAGGGCAAUGUCUGUGAAGAUGGAGCAUCGGUGGAUUGGAAUGAAGAGUUUAGGAUUUUGUGUUCAAUUCUCGGCUCGAAAGAGGAUCUGAUUCCUCCAUGGAAGCUUUCUCUCACAGUUCUUCAAAAAGGAGAAAACCAAGUACUUCGAAAUAGCUAUGCUGUAGUCGGGACUGCAUCACUGAACCUUGCAGAAUAUGCUUCUUCAUAUGAUGGAAAUGAGAUUCCGAUCAGCCUUCCUCUCAACGUCCGUGGCAGCACUGCAGCAGAGCUUAGCCCCUUGCUCCUUCUCUCUCUUAGCCUCGUGGAGCUGAGAACUGAUACAAAGCCUUCGAGGACGGUGCGGAGGUCGAUUAUGCCUGUGACGCUCUCCCCAACUUCACCAUUUGCUUUGUCAACAGAGAAAGAAGGGUUAUCUGCAAUAAGAGCAGGUCUAGAUAGAGUUAAAAUAUUUAGACAUUGUGUAUCAGCAGGAAAACCCGAGGAAGUAUUCCAUGAAGAAAACAUUGCUACAGUUGAUGGGUUUUACAUUAAGGAUAAGGAUUCUUCUCAGAGUUCUUCGCUUGAUUCGGACUCGAUAGAUGAUGGUGGGAACGAGGAGGAUUCACGUGUUCAGGAGCUAUUUGGUUAUGAAAAACUAGCCCAUGCCAACCGUGUAGCAGGAAUUUUCCUCCCUGGUACAAAAACCAACAAUGGAGAUGAAUGUUGGAUCUAUUGUGGCAAUGGUGCAGGAUGCUUGGACAUUGAUAGUGAUAGUUCACAAACUACACAGCAGAACUCGAUGCGCAAAAUCUUGUCGUGGAGGAAGAGGAAGUUAAGCUUCAAAUCUCGUAAAAUUAAAGAAGAGCCUCUUCUGAAGAAACAUUAUGGUGAAGAAGGUGGAGACGAUAUCGACUUUGCCCGUAGGCAGCAGAGCACAAAUGAGCUUUUCACUUGGUGGUAUAAUCUGGAGUUAUCAGCAGCUGCAUUUGGAGAUGAUAACUUUGCUGUGGGUAGUUGGGAACAGAAGGAGGUAACCAGUCGAGACGGACACUUGAAAGUCAACACCGAAGUCUUCUUCGCCUCUAUUGAUCAAAGGAGCGAGCGUGCUUCUGGGGAAAGUGCCUGCACAGCUCUAGUUGCUGUUAUUGCUGAUUGGUUACUUUCCAACCAAGAUGAAAUGCCCAUCAAGUCUGAAUUAGACAACUUGAUCAGAGAUGGAUCUGCAGAAUGGAGAAACCUUUGUGACAAUAAAGACUACCUGGAGCAGUUCCCUGAUAAACACUUUGAUCUCGACACGGUGAUUGAUGCAAAAAUCCGACCUCUAUCUGUUGCUGCAGAGAAGUCAUAUGUUGGAUUCUUCCACCCAGAAGGAUUGGAGGAAGAGGGUGUUUUCGAGUUCCUUAAGGGCGCCAUGUCUUUCGACACCAUAUGGGAUGAAAUCAGCCUCCUUGCAGCAGACCUUCCAACAAAUACAGGUGAAUCGAUGGUCUACAUUGUGAGCUGGAAUGACCACUUCUUCAUCUUGAAGGUUGACAAGGAUGCUUACUACAUCAUAGACACUUUGGGCGAGCGGCUCUACGAGGGGUGCAAUCAAGCGUACAUUCUGAAAUUCGACAGGGAGACAGUAAUUAGUAGAUUACCAAACAAAACAAAGGCAUCAGAGGAGAAAACCUCCGACACAAAGCAAUCAAAGAACACAGAGUCAUCAGAUAAGAAAGCCUCCAUUGACACAAAACAAUCAAAAAGCAAAGAGUCAUUGAAGGAGAAAAACACCAUUGACACAAAUCAAUCAAAGAGCUCAGAACCAUCAGAGGCAGAACCAUCUACUACUGAUGUGCCACAACUAAACAAUACAGAGAUGUUAGAAGAAAAACCGCCGGUCGAUGUCAUGCAACCAAGUGACUCUGAAGAAGCUACAACACCAGAACAGUCAAGUAGCCCAAAAGAAGCUUCGACUGAGAACAAAGAUGAGUCGAGGAAUGAUGAUGAUACAGACGAAGAGGUUGUAUGCACAGGGAAGGAGUGCUGCCAAGAGUAUAUCAAGAGCUUUCUCGCAGCAAUUCCGAUCAGGGAGUUGCUGGAAGAUGUGAAGAAGAAAGGUUUGAGUUCAUCAACACCCCUUCAUCAACGGCUACAAAUAGAAUUCCACCGUGCCAAAAUGAUGUUGGAUGAAUCAAAUUUUGGCAAAAGCAACGACUAAGGAUUAAUUACAUAAGUUAACUCAAAAGCUCUGUUUUAGUUCUAAUUAACUUUUGGAGAUCCUUCUUGUUUAAACCACUGUACUAAGGAAUGAAGUAUUGAAGAGGGCAUAAGUUAAAUGUUUAUAAAGCCCAUUAAUUCCA